AAAUUUAUCGAUUCCCAGUCAAGCUACACAAUAGAUUAAAAAAUUUAAAUAUCGGCCGAGAAUUGACAGUGCUUGGGUCAACAUUGAACCUCCACUACCCUAGCUGGUGUAGCUGCAUAUUCAAAGAAGAAAUUAGAAAACAGAUUGAGAACUUAGAACUUGGUUCCAAACUGACCCGGACACCGCGCUGCAUACUAUGUAAUAGAUUAAAGUAUUAAAAUUAAUCUAAUAGAUUAAAAAAUUAGAAUAUUGUAUGACACUUGAUUAUGCUUGGGCGAGCAUUGAUUCUUUAGCUCUGUAUACCGAAGACUCCCAGCUAGAUCAUCGUGCAAGGAAUUAGAAAAUCAAGUUUCAAUGAUAAUAACAAAACCGACCUAGCUACCUGUUAGAUUAAGAAGUCUGAAUGUUCAAUAAGAAUUGAAAGAGGUUCAAACCUGGCCCAGCCGACCAUCAAAAAGUUAACGUUGCCUCGCGUAUCGACAUCUGAACGACGCCUUGCCGAACCGUUUUCUGGACAGUCUAAAAACUGAACCAACCAAGAAUCUAUUAUCGAUUCCUCGCUUUCGCAAGAAUAGCAACUCCCUGUGACGCAUCGGCCGAAACAAAUCAGUGCAUUGAUUGGCAGGACCGAUAUAACUAGCUCGAGGCUGAUUUAUGGAAAUGCGGGAGUCCCGCAUCUCGCGGUUGCGAAGCCGCGCGCGGUAUGCGUCUGAUGGAGAUUUUUCUGGAUCACGGGAUAGAGCGGAGUGACUCGAACAGAGACGCUAAACGAAUCGUCGGUAUUAAAUUAGUCGGCGGGAAUGCAGAUCGUCGGAUUAGGGGACGGCAAGGGACACGGGAAACGAGCUGGAAACAUCAAUAACCGCGCGCGGGAUAACAUCCGGGAGGACGUUGUUGGGAGGAGUUAUUCCCGGAGAGUUCUUCAAGGUCUAGGGUCUCCUGACGAGCUGCGAGCGAGGGAAACUUUCGCCGCGAAACUUUCACGAGGGGAGGGUGCGCCGGCUGUGCUGUGCGUGCAGGAAAAUAGAAAAACUUCGGAAGGACACACGGAGAAAACACACCUUGAGGAGAGAGAGCGGAAUGCAUCCCCGGCGCGUCGUAAGUUGCGCGUGGCACGAACUUCCGCCGCGAAGUAAUUCGCCGUGACGUCGAGCAGAUUUGUGUCGGCCACGAGAGGACAGGUACACCGGCGCUGGGAGUAAUAAGGAAAACGCGCUCGGCCCUGAAGAGGUGCACACGCCCAAAGUACCGCGCCAGGAUAUUGCGGGACGAUUCGAUAUCGGGAUCAUUGAUCCCGGAGGAAGAAUGCAAUUCCUCGGGGAACGAUCGAACGACAUGCAAAACGUGACCUAGUCUCCAGUCUAUCGCAAGACGUAUCCGUUCGGCUGGAUCCUGAAGAUUGUUACGCCGCAUCUGCUCCUGUCCAAUAAGGAAAGCGUUCGGGAAGGAUCUCCGAGCGAGCUUUCGCGUAAGGACGUAAUUAGAGUUGUAAGAAUAGGCGCGAUUGAUAGCGACUCUCUGCUCCGCCAGCCGGACGAUCCUUCGAGCUUAGAUGCUGACGAAGAUGUAGGCGAAAGAUGAGCAACGUUGGUGCAGCAAAAGUUUUGUAGGAACGUUGCUACAACAUUUGAUGUAUGGAGAAUCGUUGACCUAAGAACUAAGAUUCAGGAUUUACAUUCUCACUCUCUUUCCCUUAUUCUUCAAGUUCGGUGAAUGAACCCUGGCAUUUUAUCGUGAUGUUGUUGAGUGAAGGUUCGAUGGAGGAUGAAGUUGGUCUGGGUUAAAGAAUAUCGAUUGAAUCACGAGGAGACUGCCAAAGUGAAUUAACUGCACGUCCAGUGAACAGUGUACAGAUCGAUAUUUUUGUGCUCGAUGCCCUAAUCCUACACCAUUCAGCCACGAAACAUCGGUGGUAGAUGAAUUCUGAAAGGAAUAAAUCGAUGUAACGUAAGGAAGAGUAUUGGUGAAAUCAAGAAUGAAAUGAAAUAGCGACUCAUCUUCCUCGAUGAACAGGCUGAGCUACAGGAUAGAGAUUUGUAUGCUCUCUGUCUGAUCCUUGAAUCCCGUUGCGUAAAUCCGAUCAUUCUACUCCAACAGCGUCAGAGGAAGAAGAAGGGUUCUAAGAGGAAUAAAUUGAGCCAGGAUCAAGUUGACUGCAUCUAGUCUACCACCUUUCACCUUUCUCGAUGAAGAGGCUAAAGUUUAGGAUAAGGAUUUCCAUGCUUCCGCUCUGAAUCUUGAAUAGGUUGAUCCGAGAAAGCAUUGUUUGCACCAGGCAGAAAAUGGAACAGCAACUCAUUCUUCCCGGUUAGCAGACGAAACUUUAAGACAGAGAUUCCCAUGCUCUCAGGAAGAAGAGAAGAAGAAGAGGGAACGAUCGCCGAAGUAACAAAUUGGUUCAGAAGGAGGAUGCGUCGUUCGGAUCCCAGGAUGCGAUGCUCCGUCACGUCCUCGGCGAGUACGCUUGGCGCCGUGUUCAUCUGAACGCAACCCUGCUGCAUCUGAGGUCGCUGAUCCGUCGCGUGACAAUGAACCACUUGGAAAAUUACACCGACCUGUUCCAUAAGUGGAACAUCACCGACGAGGACAUCGAUUAUGUGAACAACUACAAUUUCGAGAACCUGACCACGCAGAAGACGACCGUCGAGACAUCCGGCUGCUACUGCAACGGGACCGUCAGGAAUCUCACCGUCGAGUACAAGAAUUAUCACGGAUACGUGGCGCUUAUCGUUUGCUUGUUCGGCACAUUGGCGAACAUGCUGAACAUCGUGGUUUUGACCAGAAAGAACAUGGUCGCCGCGUCGAUCAACAAGAUUCUGACCGGUCUGGCGACCGCUGACAUGCUGGUCAUGUUGGAGUACAUACCGUUCGCCAUUUACAAGUACAUCGUGCUGCCCAAGAGGCCCAUUUUCCCGUACGGAUGGGCCGUGUUCGUGCUGUUCCAUAUGCACUUCACGCAGCUGCUGCACACCAUCAGCAUCGCCAUCACCCUCACCCUCGCUAUUUGGAGGUACAUCGCUAUCAGCAGAUUUCCGCAGAACAACUCAUGGUGCACGCCCACUCGUUGCAAGUUGGCCCUCUGGAGCAGCUUUCUAGCACCGUUCGUCGCAUGUGCACCUAGCUACUUUGUGUUUGGCAUAAGGCAGCAAACCCUGAAUGACAACGGUACCGUGGAGAUCGCGUACAUCGUUGACGCGGAUUACUCCCGACACAAAGACUUCUUCUACCAGCUGAACUUCUGGGUGUUAGGUGUGGUCGUAAAGCUUCUGCCCUGCGUCAUUCUCACAGUUAUUAGCUGCUGGCUGAUAAAAGCACUCUACAGAGCGAAGAGUAGGAAGCAGGCCCUGAAGAGCUACAACCAGUCUAAACCCGCAGUGAUCUUGGGCAACGGGCUGCUUCCCCGGAAGCCCAGCAAAUCAGACAAAAGAGCGGACAGGACCACGAACAUGUUAGUAGCCGUACUGCUCUUGUUUCUGGUCACGGAGAUACCUCAGGGAGUCCUAGGUCUUCUAUCAGGUGUACUGGGCGAUUGUUUCUUCCGCACCUGCUACCACAACUUCGGGGAGCUGAUGGACAUUCUGGCCCUGCUGAAUGGCGCCAUUAAUUUCAUUCUAUAUUGCUCCAUGUCCAGACAGUUUCGCACCACCUUCGGCCAGCUGUUCAAGCCCAGGAUCAUGAAGAAGUGGCAGCCUACCACUCAGCAGACAGAUGUGCAGAGCACCUACGUAUGAUGCAGGCUGAAGGGUCUGGAGACCACGCGACUGUAGGCCUUGAAAUUGGACAAUGUUAGAAGAUGCUGAGAUGAUGCCGAACUGUCACCGAACUUGUGAACAGUGGAUCUCAAUGAGAACUCGAAGAGAUCUAAGUGAAAGCUCUUGGAGAGAUCUAUGGGAGAUCUCGCAUCUAUAAACAGUUUUUUUUACGUUGUUCGACAUGCUCCGGUGGCACGAUUGCCGACAUGCCAAUACCGAGUAGCAAAUAGACCGCGUCAGGGCUGCGAUGCGAUCGUCUUCUAGGGGAAAGUAAACAGUGAAAAUUAUGGUUGCACUGUGGACCGUGGGUCUCAAGCUUGCCUGCGCCGACUGCCGAUCGCGGAUCGGCGAGAACAAAGAGGCUGGGUUUCCGAUUAAUUUUUCUACUUGCGAGAAAUUCCUACUCGAACUUCGUCGGAGCUCCGAAGCGAGAUCAUUUUCCUUCUUUUUUUUUAGGAAACGUGGUAACGGGAAGCCUCGGCUCCGAUUUCAAUGAAACUUUGCUCCGAAGAACAGCCAAAUAUUAGAGCUGUACUUUUCAGAAACUACCCUUCGAAGUUUCUGUCAGUUUUCAAAGUGGCUCCGAAGACGUAUUAUAGUUUACUUAAUAAAAAUUGUGCGAUGAUAAAAAUGAGCUGGGUUUAAUGCAUGGUGCUUCUAUCUUUGUUAUACGUCGAUUUUUUUUUAACACGAUUGUGUUUGGUGUGGACGAAGGGAAACUAAAGAUGCGUUUCUUCUUGGGAGUGUUAUAAAUUGAAACGAUUUCAGAAAGAAAUUGACAAUUUUUUUUAAAUUUUGUAAUCCAUUAUUGAUUAGAAUAUCGCAGUUUCACUUUUCAAAAUUUAUGUACGAUUUUUCUUUCGGAAAAUCUGACAAAGAAACGAGCAGCAAGUCCAAUAGUGUAAAAUCUUCGGUAAAAUAAAACUGGUGGCACAUCUUUCGUUCUGAGCUCCGUGAAAGGACAAGAAUGGAACCAUGUAGCAUGUUGUAAGGAAUCCUUGUAAAGAGAAAGAUUCAAUCAUCAAAUUUACAGUAGUUCCAACUACGAAGAAGAUUGUCUAACGUUUCCACAAACGUUUGAAUUAUAUCUUCAAUUUCUCACCUGCUGUAACACGCUAAUAGAUCAUUCAAGAAAAUAAAUGAUGCGCCAUGAAAACAAAGCAAUUAGACGAGCUUCUUUUCACGUCGGAAAAAAAUAUCAGAGAGGAAUCCUGUUCGCAAUAAUUUUCGAGGAGCGCACGAAGCUUAAUGUUGAUAACACCUUUAACGGAUUAUACAAAUUGUUCGCGUCAUGGUAUUUGCAGGGGCCAUAUGGAAUCGCCGGGAUAUUAUCGCGAGCAAAGCAUUAUUUAACGUUCAAGCACGACCUGCAUCGAGCCAACCGUGUAAGGCACAGCCGUUGAUGUACGGCUUUACACGCUACUCGCGUUUCAGUGAAAGUCGGAGAGGGACGUUCCCUGUAUGGAACACAAAUUUUCAUGAAAUUACACCUGAUCGACAGGUUCGGGCAUCGACGAUAAUCCCUUUGUUCAUUUUUGCGCCAACCGGUCGAUCGAUAGCGUCUGCACUUGACAACGAAUCGUUAAGAAUUUGGCGCGUGAGCGACGACAGCGAGCGAAGAUUAUCUGGGCUUGUGUAAACGCGGCAUUACACGCGCGUUAAUUAAUGUAGCGCGAUCACGCGGAAUAACGAGAUCGGUAUAAAAUUACAUAUAGAUACGUAUAUAUGUAAUAGACAUACGCAUACGCAUAUAUCGUGCCAACGCAAAACGUAGCGCCUGUAAAUACGAUACUGAGCGACCGCCACGGUAACAACGAUCCAUGUGCACUCGCGUUUAGUUUUGUAUGAUCGAUGGAAAUGCUGCGAUGGAUUUUCGGCUGAUGAGCCCGGCUGAAAGUCUAUAGGCUUCCAUGCAUGUAAACGUUAAGGACGAAUUGAUUUAUAUAGAAUAUGAAUAAACAUUUCCGUAUCAAA